AUGGCACUAAAACGAAAGCUGCGGACGUCAGGCAAAUCGGAUAAACCAGCAGUGGUAACGCUUGAGGCUGACGAUAUCCUUCAAGUGGAGACUCCCCUCUCUGAGUGGUUCAACUGCCUUACCGCCGCCAACGGCAAAGCCAGCGUCUACGACGAACACGUGCUAUUGUCAUUGGUGGAGACAGCAGUAACGACGUUUGAGGCUCAAUACACUGAACUUGAGCAGGAAUUGGCCACAAUUAACGCCGAUAUCGAUGCUCAUAUCAAACAGCGCCAACAACAAAACCACACCGAUGAGGUCAAUCUGCUCCACAAACGGGCCUUGAAAAAGCUUAAAAAGCUUCGACGAGAGUACGGCGACGAUACUUAUGCCAAGGAAGUGGCCUGGAUGGCGAAACGGGUGGGCAUCAUGCUGGCUCAAGUGGAGCACGAUGCUAGUUUACUUCCGCCGCUCCCCUCAGUUGAAAAACCAGAGGAAACUAAUGAAGUCCACCAUCUCCAGCCGCCACCACCUACUGAUACCAUCACCGAUACCCAAUUGGACCACUUUUGCCUGACUCUCCAAGUAUUUACUGCCCACGACCCCGAGGUAAUUAUGUACCGGUUUGCCGUGCUUUACUACGGGUUUAUGGCCAUCACUGAACAAACAUACCUGUGUGUAUCGCUGGUGGUGUGUGAAGACCUGGGGGAGGAGUAUACCCACUUAGUGCUGUGUCUUGAAGGCCCGCUGUUUAUGAGAGAACAAGUGGAGGCAAUGGCGGAGUUGAUCUGCCGCUGGAUCGAUGACCUCGGCGAGAAUAUCGAGCAAUUAAGGGCAUAG